GCACAACGCCAACUGGAAAACCUCGGCCUGAUUGCCGCUCGCCCGCGAUCCGGUUACUACAUCUUGUCGCAUCCUUGGCAGAAACCGGCACUGCCCGCCGCUUCGCAGCCAGACCUCAAACCCACCCCGGUCACGGGGCAAGAACUGGUAUUGCAACUCGCACAAAUCACCAGCCAACCCGGUUUUGUGCAAUUCGGUGCAGCCGUACCCGACGAAUCCUUUCUGCCGAUGCGAGCCUUUCAGCGCAGUUUAGGUAAAACCGUGCGUCACUACGGCAAACGUGCCGCCAAUUACGCCUUCCCUCCCGGAUUGCCCGAACUACAACACCAGAUUGCACGGCGAAUGCAUUUAUGCGGCAGCCCCGUCGACCCCAGCCGCAUUCUCAUCAGCAACGGCUGUCAGGAAGCGCUUUCCCUCGCGCUGCAAACCGUUGCCAGCCCCGGCGACAUUAUUGCUAUCGAAUCCCCGACCUUCUAUGGCUUGCUACAAGUGAUUGAAUCGCUAGGCAUGAAAGCAUUGGAAAUCCCCACCGACCCACAAUCGGGCAUCAGCCUGCCAGACCUCGAACUCGCAUUGGCACAAUGGCCGGUGAAAGCUUGCGUGCUCAUUCCCAACUUCAGCAACCCGCUCGGUAGCUUGAUGCCGGUAGCGCACAAGCAGCAAUUAGUCGCCCUCGCCCACCGCCACGACAUCGUGUUGAUCGAAGACGAUAUUUACGGCGAUCUGGCUUUCAAUGGAGAACGUCCGCCCAACUUGCUCAGUUUCGAGACGAAUACUCGGCAUGGCAAU